AUGGCGUUCUUUGCACCUCCCCCAAAGCCACUGACUCCGCUGGCAUAUCAUCGUAUCCUAUCACCCACAGCAUCAGUCAAAGUCUCUCCUUUGUGUUUAGGCGGCAUCAGCAUUGGCAGCUCCUGGAGGGAAAUCUUUGGGAAAAAUGAAGACCCCUUUGCUCUUCUGGACGCUUUUUUUUCUCUGGGAGGUAAUUUCAUUGACACAUCCAACACAUAUAACUCGGAGGAUUCCGAGAGACUGAUUGGGGAAUGGAUGGAGCUCCGAAAUAACAGAGAUCAAAUGGUAAUUGCCACAAAGUACUCUGCCGGUUAUCGAGCCUACAAGCGGAAAGAGGAGCCAAUGCAAAGCAAUUUCACCGGGAAUUCUGCAAAAAGUAUGCACAUAUCCACAAGAGACAGCUUACGGAAGCUGAGGACGGACUAUAUUGACAUACUUUAUGUGCACUGGUGGGAUUUUGCAACUUCCGUGGAGGAAGUUAUGACCCAUCUUCACGCUCUUGUUAUGGCCCGACAAGUCCUUUACCUAGGGGUAUCAGACACCCCUGCCUGGGUCGUGGUUAAAGCCAACGCGUACGCUCGCAGCCAUGGUCUUACUCCAUUCUCUGUUUACCAAGGGCGAUGGAAUGCUGCGUUUAGGGACAUGGAGGCAGAAAUCAUUCCCAUGUGCGAGGACCAAGGCAUGGCGAUUGUGCCUUGGGCAGCCUUGGGUGGCGGCCAAUUAAUGUCAGCAGAACAAAGAAAGCAAAAGGAGCAGGAUCCAGAUGCUCGACAAGGUUACACCUUCAGAGAAGCUGACAUCAAGGUCUCCGAGGUGCUAGAGAAACUUGCGGAGGAUAAGUCUACGACGCCGCAGGCAGCUCUUGCGUAUUUGUUCCAGCAAUCCGCCUAUGUCUUUCCUAUCGUUGGUGUCCAGACCGUUGAGCAUGUCGAAGCUAUGCCGGAAGCAUUGCGCGUCAAGCUCUCCAAAGACGACAUCAAGAUGAUCCAGAAUGCAUACGUCUUUGAUCCUCUCUUUCCGAUGAACUUUCUCUUCAAUUACAGGGGCGAUCAGCCAUACAAUCUUGCUCUUACUGCUGCAAAUAAUCACCAGUACCAAAUGGCUGCCUGGAUCAAUGCUCCCCCAAAACAGCCGCCGUACCAACCCUAA